AUGGCGUUGUUAAAAUCGUUAUUUAUGUCGGCGAAAAAUCGUGAUUACGAUCCAAUGUCUGAAGAUGGUUAUGACAGUAAAAUUCCUUUACACAACGACGAAGCUUUUCAACAUGGACUCCAAUUCAAUGCCAAAUUUAUCGGAUCAUUGGAAGUACCGAAACCAACAAGUCGGGUGGAAAUUGUGUCUGCCAUGCGACGCAUCCGAUAUGAAUUCAAAGCCAAAGCCGUGAAAAAACGAAAAGUGAGUUUAUCAAUAUCGGUCGAUGGAAUCAAAGUUUGUCUGUCGAAAAAGACGAAGAAAGAAUUGUAUAUUGAUGAAAAUGAUAUUGUAAUUAUGCAACAUCCGGUCUAUCGGGUAUUUUAUGUUUCACAUGAUAGUCAAGAUCUGAAAAUCUUCAGUUAUAUCGCUCGAGAUCAUAUCAAUAAUUCAUUUCGUUGUAAUGUUUUCAAAGCAUACAAAAAGAGCUCGAGCCAAGAAAAUGAUCGAUUGCAUAAUGAAGCAAUGCGAAUUGUUCGGACGAUUGGUCAAGCUUUUGAAGUUUGUCAUAAGAUAGCAUUACAACAACGACAACCAACUUCAUCAAAUUCGACAUCUAGUCCAACAAAGAUCAGUACAAUAUCGAUUGAAAACGAACCAACUCCGAAACAAAUCUCUCCGGAACAUCUCGAUUCGAAAGACAAGGGCGAACGUUAUUUACAAAGUGUCGAUAUUCCAUCGGUGAAAAGUCUUUCUGAUCCUUUUCAGUCUCUGACAAUUCCCGAGGAAAUUAAACCAAUAAAUAUCUUUCCAACACCCUUAUCAAGUGAAUUUACACUCAAACAUCAAAUGCAGUUCAUGCAGGAACAGCUACAACAGAUGCAAAACGAAUCCGAAUUGGCGUUUAAUCAAAUCAAAUUAAUCAAAGAACAAUUAAACAUUGAAAUAGCUGCGCGAAUUGACGCACAAAAUAAAAAUACACAACUACUUCAACGUAAUCGUGAAUUAUUAACUCAUAUUCAACAAUUGUUACUCUACACCAAUGAUCUGGAAAUCAAAUUGGCAAAACCGAAUCAAAUCGAUUCAUUUAAACUUCUUCCAACACGUCCAAAAGAGCUACUUUUUUAUCCACCACUAUCAAAUCAACAUGGUUUAUCAAGCGACUCACCCGAUUCAGGCAAAGGAAAAGAAAUCUCUUCUGAAAGUAUCUCCGAUCCUUAUACCUUAACUCUUACUGAUCACCAACAAAUUCCGAAUUCGACCAAAACAUUUUCAAUUCAUGAUGAUUUCACAACUCAAUCGAUAUCAGUACACGAUUCGUCACAACAUACACGAGCAUAUGAAUCUUCUUCGCCCUCGUUAGUUUCAUCUACAUCAUCAUGUACAUCAUCAACUUCAAUGAAAAAACACUCGAAAAGUGAUGAAAAGUAUCUUUAUCAACACAUGAAAUCGAAUGGAUCAUCUUCAUUUACCAAUUCAGCGUUCAGCCAAAGUCCACUUCGAACAGUAGCCAAAGAAUUUGAUCCUUUAAUGAAAUAA